AGGUAGCGAGCAUAACCAAUCAGAUUUGAGGUUACUCUGAAGUUAAACGUUUCAGUCUUCGUCGCUCUGUUCUUCAGUCGAAAAACGAGACGGGAAACCGAGUGAGUAAACUUGAACAAGGCAAACUAAAAUUGGAAACCAAAAACGGAUCAAGAGGUCAAAACAACUGCUAAAUGAAUAUUCUUUAAGACAGAUCUGUUUUUCUGAACUACACGAGAUCAAGUUUUACACCUUCAGUGAAGACAUUCACAAAUAAAUGUAGGAAAAAUUCCUGCUAUCCUAAAGGUGAAGGGGCACCUCUUCCAAAUGUAGGAAUAAAACAAUGUCUGCAAGCGGUAAUGUGUGAACAAUCAUUAAAGAGAACAGAGUUAUUGUGGAAGAAAGAGAUUCACUUUUGAUUCUUUAUUAAUAAUCGAGCUGAAGGAACUGGAAGAAACAUCAUCAGUGUCAGAAACAUUGUUGCGUAAUGGAAAUUCACACUGGAGAGCGUCCAUACCCAUGUCCUCAGUGUGGAAAGAGUUUUACUAAAAAAACUAGUCUAACUAUCCACGUGAAAAUUCACUCUGGAGUGAGCCCAUUCACAUGUACUCAGUGUGGAAAGAGUUUUGCUAAAAAAAAUAGUCUUACUAUCCACAUGAGAAUUCACACAGGAGAGCGCCCAUUCACAUGUACUGAGUGUGAAAAAUGUUUCAGCAGUAAAUCAAGUCUUAAGAUGCACAUGAGAGUUCACACAGGAGAGCGCCCAUACCCGUGUUCUCAGUGUGGGAAGAGUUUCAGAAAGAAAGAUAAACUUACAGAUCACAUGAGGAUUCACACUGGAGAACGCCCAUACACAUGUCUUCAGUGUGGAAAGAGUUUCAGAAAGAAAGAAAAACUUACAGAACACAUGAGGAUUCACAAUGGAGACUCCCAGUACACUUGUCUUCCGUGUGGAAGGAGGUUCACUCGAAAAUAUAAUCUUGAUUCUCACAUGAAAAUUCACACUGGAGAGCUGCAAUACUCAUGUCCUCAGUGUGAAAAGAGUUUCAUGACGAAAGCACAUCUUAUAAGGCACAUGAUGAUUCACACUGGAGAGCGCCCACACAAUUGUCUUCAGUGUGAAAAGAGUUUCAUGACGAAAGGAUGUCUUACGAAGCACAUAAGAGUUCACACUGGAGAGCGCCCGUACAUGUGUCUUCAGUGUGAAAAGAGUUUCAUGACGAAAGCGUGUCUUCUGAAGCACAUGAGAGUUCACAGUGCAGAGCGCCCACACAUUUGUCUUCAGUGUGAAAAGAGUUUCAAGAGGAAAGGAUGUCUUAGGAAGCACAUGAUGAUUCACACUGGAGAGCGCCCAUACAUUUGUCUUCAGUGUGAAAAGAGUUUCAUGACGAAAGCAUAUCUUAAGAAGCACAUGAAAGUUCACUGUGUAAAGUGUUAAUUUUAGUAUGAAGAGAAAAUGCAGCAUUCAGCCUAUGGACUGCAUGCCCCUUAUCUUGCUGUAGAGAGCAUAUGUUUGAUUUAAACAUUUAGAUUUUUUUGUAUUUCUUUUCCUUAGUAGAUGCAAACCUUCUGCAAGCUAUUUUUCAAAUUUGCACUAUUUUUUUUACCUUUUGCAAGCUAUUUAAGAAAAAUGGUAUCAGUCGACUUGGGCAGAAAAGCGGUUGGAAUAUGUCCCAACCAUCCAACCCGCAUAUUACGCCUGCUGUGCAAGUACGAGGUAUUAUCAAUAAAUAAGACACACCAUUGUUGACCUUGUUGGGAUAGCACUUUCCGAUGGAAACAAUUUAGGGCCAUUCAAAUACCCAUAAACUCUCCCAUAAACUGUGUAAUAAAUU